AUGAAAUGGUUUGAUAAACGAAUUGAAUCACGUUUAUGCAAGUCACUCCGGCGGUUUUUCGUCAUACAUGAAAAUAACUAUGGUUUAAAUUUGAUUGGUCACCAUCCUCAUCUAGAUGAUUCAUCGCCAAUUUCCAGUCAAGACCACGUUCAAAAAGCCCUUCAUUGUAAUUCCCAUAUUGUUCCUAAUGUUGGUAGGAAACACGAUGUUGGUAAUGGGGCGAUAAAUAGAUUCAUGAAAGUGAAGUUGAUAAUGAAGGAUGCAGUGUUAGUAGAGCUGAAGGUGAAGCGAAUACAGAUAAAAUCAGUUAUGCCUCACUAA